GUUCAGUCAUAACAGAUUUUCGUUAUAAUACAUGAUUUUGACCUUGUAAUCUUGUUUACCCGCAUUGAAUAACGAUUUUCUAACCUUUCGAUUUCUCCAUUACGCGGACGCGUAACCUUAAUCUACGCUCUACACGGCCAUAACUCGGACUGCCGUAUCAAGCAUCUGAAUUGACCUAACUCGCCUCGGUGACCAUACGUUUCACGAUUAAGCGGCCGAUUAUAUGGUUCAUUAGAUAAGGCAGCGAUAAAGGACCAAGAAACGGCGAUGACCCAAAACGUAUUCAACAAAUGGACACUUUCAACACUAACCGAUGUUGAGGAAGUGAAACAAAUCGUUCGGAUGUUACCAAUUUGGGCAACAUGCAUCCUCUUUUGGACCGUCCAUGCACAAUUGACGACAUUAUCAGUCGCACAAUCGGAGACAAUGGACCGUCACAUUGGGAGCUUUGAGAUCCCUCCAGCCUCCAUGGCCGUCUUUUAUGUUGGUGGUCUCCUCCUAACGACUGCCCUUUACGACCGCGUCGCUAUUCGCCUAUGCAAAAAGCUAUUCAACUACCCCCAAGGUCUAAGACCACUUCAACGUAUUGGUUUAGGUCUCUUAUUCGCAGCCAUGGGUAUGGCUGUAGCUGCUUUGGUAGAGAUCAAACGUCUUAGAACCGCACAUUCACACGGUCCAACAGUCAAAACGCUUCCUCUAGGGUUUUAUCUACUCAUCCCACAAUACCUUAUCGUUGGUAUCGGCGAGGCGCUGAUAUACACAGGACAGUUGGAUUUUUUUUUGAGAGAGUGUCCUAAAGGUAUGAAAACGAUGAGCACGGGGCUAUUGUUGAGCACACUGGCGUUAGGGUUUUUCUUCAGCUCUGUUCUCGUGACAAUCGUUGAGAAAUUCACCGAUAAAUCUCAUCCAUGGAUCGCUGAUGAACUGAACAAGGGCCGUCUAUACAAUUUCUAUUGGCUCGUGACCGUAAUUGUUACUUUGAACUUCCUUAUUUUCCUCGUUUUCUCCAAGUGGUACGUUUACAAGGACAAAAGACUAGCUGAGCUUGGGAUUGAGUUGGAAGAUGAGCCAGAUAUUCCCAUGGGUCAUGCAUGAUCAUGAUGAUGAUUAUGAAUAUUUUGUUAUUGUCUAUAUGUAUAAAUUUGAUUUCGAGUUUUGUGGUAUAUUUUAUGAUGAUUAUUUUCAGUUACCUCUUGGUCCGUGUCGACAAAUAUUAAUGGCCCGACUGAUAAGGGAUAAAGAUUCCAAUCUAGGUCUGUUAAAAGCAUAAAUUGUAAAAUUUCUUAGGUCUUUUUU